AUGCUGUCCUGCGAGAGAGUUUCGAUUCCUCUCACAGGAGCGCAACGGCCGCCCACAACGACCGCAAUUACCCCACCUGUAGGGAUGCCGAAUGCCCCGUUCACCAGCCACCUGUCUGUGGCCCCGGCGUGCUUCGCCCGAGCGGAAGUUGCUAGCAACUCGAACCUCAACAGCAGCAGUAAUACCAAUCGCAAUAAUAAUAGUGAUGGUAACAAAAGUUGUGACAAUAAUAAUACUACUACGAUGAACGGUGGGACCCGCGUGCCUUCCCCGGCGGCUAUGGCGGCGUCCUACUUCUCUGCCAUGUGGCCGCAGAACGGUGGUGCGGGUGGGCAGGGGUACAACACCGUGCCCCUGUCGACGAACUUGGCGGUGACAACGGCGACGGCGACGGUGACAGCGACGGUGAAAGGGCCAGUAACAAUGGCGGCUGUGGAGGACACGGGGGACGAGAACGGCGAGGUCGACAACGAAGGGGAGGAACAGACCGCCUCCUCAAACGACUUGCCGACGCCCGAGACGGGCACCAACACGACCCCGACGACAACCGUGGAGGAGGGAUUCGGCCACACACAUGAAGAGGGACCACAGCAGGAGCAGCAGCAACUGUCACCGGGUGGGCAACAGCAAGAAUUGCAAAGGCGGCAGAAGUGCGGGCUCUCGCACGGCACCGCACCGCUCCCAAGUCAUCACCGGGGGGACACCAGUGGCGUAGAGGCGGCAAUGAACGAUGUCAAAGGCGUGACUGCAGCUGGUGGUGCCGCGGAGACAGAGAAGCACGUGAGUUGUGCUUACCACUUGAAGGUGGUAGCGCCCCCCCACGAGCUGCUAAAAUCCCGGGUGGAUGUGGCAACUGCGCGUGAGGCUGUGACGUUGUUUUUGGAGCAACUUUGCGAGGAGAACAAGGCGGAGCCCGUGCUCACCUCAGAUUUUCAUUCCCACCGUCUUCCGCAGAUGUCUGUGGAGUCGUACGUGGACCGCAUCGUGCGCUACAGCCGCGUUGGUGGGGAGACUCUCAUUGUAAGUCUAAUGCUGCUGCUGAAGUACUCCCACUUUAUCAACCACCCCGUUAGCAUUUAUAACGUGCACCGACUCAUGAUUACCAGCGCGCUGCUCGGGGCGAAGCUUCGGGAUGACGUCUACUACAGCAACGAGUACUACAGCCGCAUUGGGGGCAUCAGCAACGUGGAGAUCAACAAGCUUGAGCUGCGCUUUUGCACCUGGCUGGAGUGGGAUAUGUGGGUUGAGGAGGCCGAGUACGCCACGUUGGAGGCGCUGCUCCUGCGGCUGGUGGCACAUGUCACCGUCAACGCGGAGGACGCCGAUGGGGCGACGCGGCGGAGCGCGCAGCGGGACUUUUGGGUUGCGCAUCUACGGCCAUGGAAGGAGCGUUUUGAGGCCGCCUCUGUGCAGCGGCUUGACCGCAUACGACGCAACGAGGCUGAGGACCUGUCUAAUGAGCGUGCGAAGAGCCGGGGUAUGAGCACGCACGGAGCCCUGUUCCCGCGGAAUCCGCCUGGUUACCACGGCAGAGGCAUGGUGGGCGGGCCUCUGGAUCAGGUCAUCUUGCCGACAGUCUGUCGUCGUGGACCUGGCGAGACUCAGAGCCACACCCAUGACACAGCCGCGGUAACCGUUGCCGCACAGAGUGGGGCCGGAACCGCAUGGAUGCCGUUACAGCUUUCAAAGUGGCAAGGUGGAGGUGUGUAUGAUGGCAAUGCGAAUACUAAUAAUACUAGCGCUACUGUUGGUGAUGGCUGUAGUAGUAGUAGCGGUGCGGGUUUUGGCAUCCUGGAGCGUGCGAUGUCGACCUCUGCGACAUCAGCGGCUGCCCCCAGCUCAUGCAUUAGCAUUCACGCGAAGCCGUACCACUACGGGGGUAGAACAGGCUCAAAUAGGAACUUCUCCACCUCGCGGCACCAGCAACACCUCUACCACCAUGCAUCCUCCCAGCGGGUGGGGACUGGCCAGGGGGAGGAGCACGACACCGCGACAAAACAGGGUAGUAGCAGCACCACCAGAAGUAGCGGCUGCCAUACCGUGCACACCAGCAAGAGCAACUACCCCAGCCACAGCCGAAGCAACAGCAGCAAACACAACAAUGCACAGCUCAAUGGGAAUGGCACGGGAUUUGCCUCCAUCAUCGCUACCAACUGGCGUGCGAGUGGUCAGGACACCAGCAACGCAAACGGCAGUGGCGGCGUCGGCCCAGUCGACUUCCCUGCCCAGCCGCGGCUAGGCGUAGAAAACCCCGAGGAAUCUGUCACGGCACAGUGCGUGGGCAGGAAGCGGCCCAAGCCCGAGCACUACAAGGACUACUGCUAG